AUGUCGUCUUCUGUCUUCUACAAGUUCAAGAACUCGCGAGAGCCAGAGCGCAUCGUCUUUGAUGGCACCGACAUCACAGUCUUUGAGUUGAAGCGCGAAAUAAUCACAGCGUCUGGCCUCGGCGACGGCACCGACUUCGACCUCCAUCUCUACCCAGAGGACGAUCCCAAAGCCAAGUAUGACGACGACACGACUACCAUCUCGCGAUCCAGCACAGUCAUCGCAGUCCGACGACCGGCCGCACGUGGCCAUGGCGGCGCCGCUAGAUAUGUCUCUGGAAAAGCACCCGUGCGAGCGAUCAAGAAGAUGUCCAAACCUACAAUGCCCGUCGCGGGCGGCGCCCUCAAUGAAGAUGACGCCGAGGCCGCCUUCUUGGCCGAGUCGGCGCAGGUCUGGGACGCCCAGAAGGAGACGCUAUCGCACGCAAAGCCAGUCUUCCACAAGAAGAAGCCGGUCAACGUGCCGACACACGAGCCGCCACCGGGCUAUGUAUGCUACCGCUGCCAUCAAAAGGGCCACUGGAUCCAGGCGUGCCCCACCAACAACGACCCUGACUUCAAGCCUACCAUCCGCGCAAAGCGCACGACUGGAAUACCGCAGUCCUUCCUCAAGAAAGUCGAGAAGCCCGUGGACGAGGAGGAUGCGCGAGGCGUCAUGAUGAAUGCCGACGGAGAAUACGUGCAAGUCAUGACGGACAACAGGACAUGGGAGAAGUUCCAGGAGAAGGCGAAUGCAUCCAAGGCACAGGCUGCGAGCGCUGAUGCCGCAAGCAAGGAAGUGCGGGAGCGCGGUCUGGAGUGUCCGCUCGACAAGCGCAUGUUUGUUAACCCUGUGAAGACGCCGUGUUGCGGCAAGACGUACUGCCAUGAGUGCAUCGACAAUGCGUUGGCAGAUGGAGAUUUAAUUUGUCCAAACUGUGCGAAGGAGGAUGUUCUGAUGGAUGAUCUUGUACGGGAUGAUGACAUGGUCAAGUCUAUCAAGGCAUACGAGGCAGAGAAGGCCAAGGAGAAGCUGGAGAAGGAGGAACAAGCAAAGGCAGAGGCUAAGGCGGCUGAACAACCUGCAUCACCCCCAAAAAAUGAAACUGAGAGUUCUGUACCAGUCGAGACAUCGGCUACUGCGUCCAAUGACACAUCACCCAUGCCAGUUGCAACCAAGCCAGCCCAGUCUGCCACUCCAGGCGCUGGAGGCAAUGGCUCAGACACUGAAUCAACAUCUUCGCGGAAGCGGAAAUCGCCACCUUCAGAGAUCAAACCGCCCACCGCCCCCAAAGCAAUGCGCCAGCAAAAGGAACAAGCGUCCAACCCGACUGCAGCGAUGGAACAGGAGUUCAUCCAACAGAUGGAAGCCCUCAAGAACGGACCAGCCAACAUGCCCAUGCCAAUACCGAUGCUGGGUAUGCCGAGCAUGCCAAACAUGCCUAAUAUGCCGAACAAUAUGGGCUACCCAAACCAAAUGCCAUUCAACAGCCCUAUGGGCUACACCAACCCGAUGAUGAACCCUCAAAUGAUGGGCGUGCCAAUGCACAUGCAAAACAUGCAGAACAUGCCUAUGCACCACCCCAACUCUCAGAUGAUGGGUAUGACGGGCUACGGCAACAACAUGGGCAUGAACCAGCAGUGGCAGGGCAGCCACAACGGCGGAUACGGUGGGGGGUAUGGCGGGAUGAAUGGGAAUGGCAUGGGCGGGUAUGGCCAGGGUGGUGGAGGCAUGGGGGGACAGGGCGGGGAUUUCAAUGAUGCCUAUGAGCGGCAGCCUGUUAAUCCUAGGGGAAGACAUAGGAAAGCUGCUAGGGCGCCGGAUUAUAGGCAUGUACAAUAA